CCUCUUAUAUAAUAGAAACUAGGAACUAAUUAGGGCCGUUGGAUCUAACUUAGAGCGGCCCAGAUGAAUUCACAAUCAAGCGCACUUUCUGACAUUUCUCUCUCCUCAAGCGCAGCGAUUACCCUACUCCAUUGAAGCGGAUUUCGAGCUUUCUCUACUCCAUUGAAGCAGCUUCUGAGGUAAGAUGUUUGUUUUCCUCUUUUUUGAGUCACGAAUUUCAAUUUCACUAUCUAUGGUUUAUCGUUAAUUAUUUUGUCAGUUUAGGAUUCUUUAUAGUGAAAUUCGAGCUUUUGAGGUUAUGAAUGAUUAUACGAUUAAUUUUGUUGCUAGAAUUUCUAAACACCUAGAUCUGAAAGUACUGUCAUUCAAAUUUAUAUGAAUUUUGGUGAGUUUGCAAACAAAUCUAUGUGAACUGAGUGAAUUCGUACUAUAAGUUUUUAACAAUUGAAUCUAUAUGAUUUUUUGAAUGUUUUUAGCUUAUGAUUUGGAGCUCGAUUCUAAACACUAGUGAGAUUUUCAUGCCUGAAUUUGUCUAUUUUUUUACUUUACAUUGAAUUAAUUUUGAUUAUUCAAUUAUUGUUGUUGAUUUCUUAAUGCACACCAAGUGUUUGACAAAAUGCCUCAAUGAAUCUUAUUAUUUAAUCAAUUGCAAAUGUAGAUAGAAACAAAGUAAAAGUAAAUCAAUUAUAUUUUAUAGUAGAUUGAAAAACUGACAUUGUGAUAUAUAUAUAUGAGCUAUCAAAAUCAAAGGGAAUGUAGAAUUAGAGGUUUAGGAAAUUGAAGGUCCCCUAAAACUAUUAUAUAUUUUUUGAAGUUAAGUGUAACUUUAAUUUUGAUCUCAUAAUACCGAUUUUAAUUCUAGUUAGAGGCUUUUUUUUUUUCCUGAAUUCCACUCUGCUGCAUAUCAAAUUAUAAGUACACUUGAUAGUGGCUGUGAAGUAUGAAUUGUGUUUGGUUUAUAAAUGAUCUAUUACUUAUAUACGAUAUUAUUCUUUCAUGAAGUUCUGUUGUUUUUAAAAGUAGAUAGAAAAUUCAAAAAGUUUGUUUCAUUUUUUGUACGUACGAUUUUUAGUGAAUAUCGUUGAGAUUUUUGGAGAAUUUGGCAAAGUUUAACAUAUACAGUGAUGCUUAUGAUGCAUUGAUGCUUAAUUGUCUAAGAUAAGUCGUGUCUUUUAUUGGUGACUAAAGUAAACUAAAAUUAUUCAAAUGUGAAUUAAAUCAAUUUUAAAGUACAAUAUUUUUUUCUGUACCUAGUGAGAUGAUGUUUGAGAGGCUGCCAAGUGGGGAACGAGGUUAUUUUAUGACUCUGUGUUUGAAAGGCUGGCAAGCGAGGAGCGAGUUCAACCUGAAUGUUGCACAACAUCAUAAACCAACUUCUGGCAAAUCUCAUCACUCCAAGUAUUGACGGAACUUGGUUUCAAGACUGAAGUUACACUUGAUGAUGUAUUGGCAAUGCUUCAAACUUGGAGAACGUUGGAGUCUACAUUCACAGCCAGGACGCCAGGAAUGUGGAAGUGCUGAUGCUCUAAGGGAAAUGCUCAAUGACCCAAAUUCCUAUUUGGACCAUGGCAUGGGAAACAUUAUCAGGGACGUUGCUCAUCUUCUCCAACGAAACUUGUCUGUUACUAUUCUCCAUGCUGGGAGGGCAGUUAACCAUUUGGCUCACCAGCUAGCUGCUCUUGGAAGAUGUCAACCUCAGAUCUUGAAGCUGCUUGAUCAAGGCUUCUUUGCUGCUGUUCCUCGCCAAACUUUUGCUUCAACUGUCACCUUCACUCGGCAUUUUGUCAGCAGCUUUAUUUUUAGUUAUUUCUUGCUUUCUUUGUCUUUCUGUAUUCUUUUCUAUUCUAGGAGUGGUCUUACCACUUUAUCCUCUUUUGCGUUAAAAAAAAGAGUUUGUGGAGAUGAGAGUAUGGAUUGAGGAGGCUCCUCCUUGUGUAAUGGAUGCUGUUAUGCUAGCAUUCCUUAAUAAAGUAUGUUGCUGCUUUCUGUCAGCAAAAAAAAAAAAAGUUUUCAUGCCGAGAAA